AGCGACCCUGGCCGGGCCCGCGGCGCGCGCAGCUGAAGGAGGCUAAGUCUGGAGGCUGCGACCCCGCCGGUGAGCGCAGCACCCUCCAGCCUUGCAGAAGCAGCCACCAUGCCAGUCUCUAAGUGCCUGAAAUGGUCGGAGCCCCUGUGGAAGGGGUGGGACAGGAAGGCCCAGAAGAACGGCCUGCGGCACCAGGUGUACGCUGUGAACGGCGACUACUAUGCGGGCGAGUGGAAGGACAACGUGAAACACGGUGAGUGGGCACUCUGGGGACGUGCGGCCAGAGUGGCUCGGAGCCAUGCUGGGCCACAGGGCCAGGAAGGCAGCGUGCAUGGCUCAGGUUAUGGGAUCCAGUUUUUCGGACCCAAGGAGUAUUAUGAGGGUGAGUGGUGUGGCAGCCAGCGCAGCGGGUGGGGCCGCAUGUACUACAGCAACGGUGACAUCUACGAGGGACAGUGGGAGAACGACAAGCCACACGGGGAGGGCAUGCUGCGCCUAAAGAAUGGGAACCGCUACGAGGGCUGCUGGGAGAGGGGCAUGAAGAACGGACCCGGGCGUUUCUUCCAUCUGGACCACGGACAGCUGUUUGAAGGCUUCUGGGUGGACAAUAUGCCCAAGUGCGGGACGAUGAUCGACUUUGGCCGUGACGAGGCCCCUGAGCCCACUCAGUUCCCCAUUCCUGAGGUCAAAAUCCUAGACCCUGAUGGUGUGCUGGCAGAAGCCUUGGCCAUGUUCAGGAAGACAGAGGAAGAAGGAGAUUGAUGCCAGGUGAGGGAGAACACCAGCGCUUCAGGAGAAAUUCAAAUCCAUGUCACCCAGUCGCUCAGAUCAGUGCAGCUCUGGCUGGAGGAAUCAGCAGUGGCUCCACAGGAACCUGGCACCCUCAGAGGACCCCUCACUCCCCCCAGCACUGGGUGGUUUCUUGCCAGUAGGAAGGCCAGUGCUUCUCUCCCAGGCUGGCCUUGGGACCCUCUUGCGGCCUUCAUUUUCUGAUCUCAUCCUGCAGUGCAUAAGAAUAAAGAACCAGGUGGUGUAA